UCAAAACUGAAAACAAUAAUAAUAAUAUAGUUACUUUUAUCGUAACAAAACAUUAUGUUUUAUUUUAUUACAAAUGUUCUCUUAAUAUAGACCUUUGUGGUAAUUGCAAUAAUGGAAGAGGACAACAAAUUGCCACUAAAACGUGUCGAGUUAUCGUUGACGAAGUUCAACGAAGUGGCGAUUCCACAUCACUUGGACUUGCUCCGACAACACAAAGCCAAUAUUAUAAAGACGGACAACGUGCUGAUGGAGAAGAAGAUCCGUCCGUGGAUCAACAAGAAGAUCAUAGAGUACAUCGGCGAGCCGGAACCGACACUGGUCGACUUCAUCUGCAGCAAGGUGCUGGCCGGCUCCGCGCCGCAGGGCAUCCUGGACGACUUGCAGAUGGUCAAAGUAGUAUGCUGUGAUAACGGAAGGAUGGUGACAGAAUUCCAAGUAGGGCCGGAGCAUCUGAACCAAAGAGGCACUUUGCAUGGAGGCUUUAUUGCACACUUAGUAGAUGCUGUGUCCACAUAUGCACUCACUGCUAAUGAAAAUGUUGAUACCAGAGGUGUCUCAAUUGAUCUUAGUAUCAGUUAUAUGAACGCCGCUAAGGAAGGUGAUAGUAUUGAAGUUGAGGCGGUUACCAGGAAACUUGGCAAGAAGAUAGCAUUUCUUGAAGUUGAAGUUAGAAAUAAAGACAAAAAUCAGGUUCUAGCUACGGGCAGGCACACAAAGUAUGUUGGUGUCUGAAAUAGUGUCAUAAAGUGUUUACUUUCUUUAAGCUAUUUUAUAGGCUACUUUUGACAUAAAAAGAUCUUGUAACAAAGGUAAAUCACAGUUCAAGGCAGUUUAGGUAAUAGUCAAUUAAUUGAUGUUAUAUCAAUAAAGUAAAAUAAAAUACAGUUUGACAUUUUUGUAUCAAAUUUUUUUUUAUACCAGAAAGUUAUAACAAUAAAGAGAAAAAGAAAGAAAAGUGGGCAGGGAAGCACUAAUCUAAGGUAGUUGGUUAAUUUUGUGAUAUUUGACAUAGACAUGUUUUAAACAUGAUUAAAACAAAAAAAAAAACUUUUCCAACCCUGGUACAUACUGUGUAAUAUGUCAAAAACAGUCUUUUACAAUGAGUCUCGCGAACGUACUGUAUGUAGAUAAGUAGUGCAAUUUUUACUAUGGACUUUAUAUAAUUUUUUCGU